AUGGCAGCGGGCUCCGGUCAGGGUUUCCAAGCUCUGCGCCUCUCCCCACUGCCCCAAGUCGACGGUGGCCUCACCCUGGUCUCCCGCUCCGCAACGCUCCCUCUGCCGCAUGGCCGCCGCCAGGCCAAAGACGAGGCUGCGACUGCGCGAAAGAACCAACGGCCAAGGCCAGAUGUAGAUUUUGAGAUCACCGAUUGA